CUACGACCGCAAGUUCCUGUUGGACCGCCGCAACUCCCCCAUGGCCCAGACCCCGCCUUGUCACCUCCCCAGUAUUCCCGGCGUCACCAGCCUCGGCUCAGCCGGCGAGGAGCCCAAAGCGGACGCCAACAACCUGAACCACCAGGAAGGGAAGCCAUCCAUGGGGGACGACGCUCAGUUCGAGAUGGAUAUCUGA